UAGUGUGAACAGCUGGCUAGCUGGGGACAUUCCUCAUUCUCCUUCAGAAAGGGACCCAGGAGGAACUCUCCAAACAAGGCUGGUCAUGAACAGAUUCUUCCUUUCAUUCUUCUUCUAAUUUUUUUUUUAAAUAAGGGAAGUGCUGUACCUUUAAAUUCUGAAAGUGAAAUUGGCUCAGAUAGGAUAGAAAGAUCCAGCCCCUACAAGAGAGAAUAGCUUCAGAUUCUCCAACCACAGACACUGCAAAGGCACAGGCAGCCCUGGCUGGACCCUGGGGUAGCAUCCUGACAGCAUGGCAACAAAAGUCCUGACCCUCUUAUUCUUCUUGGCCUUCUACCUGGGUAGCCCGACCUCCAUCCGCCGGAAGCUCCUGUUGUUUCUACUGGAUGGCUUUCGCCAUGACUACAUCAGUGAUGAAGCCCUGGAAUCCUUGCCUGGGUUCAAAGAGAUUGUGAGCAGGGGUGUGAAAGUCGAUUACUUGACCCCGGACUUUCCCAGCCUUUCCUACCCUAAUUAUUACUCCCUCAUGACAGGUCGCCAUUGUGAGGUCCAUCAGAUGACUGGGAACUACAUGUGGGAUCCUAAUACAAACAAAUCAUUUGACAUUGGGGUCAACAAGGACAGCUUGAUGCCUCUCUGGUGGAAUGGAUCAGAGCCAUUGUGGAUCACCAUGACCAAGGCAAGAAGAAAUGUAUCUAUGUAUUACUGGCCAGGCUGUGAGGUUGAAAUCCUUGGUGUCAGACCUUCUUACUGUCUAGAAUAUAAAAAUGUCCCAACGGAUACCGAUUUCGCCAAUGCAGUCAGUAAUGCUCUUGACUCUUUCAAGACUGGCAAAAUAGAUCUGGCUGCUAUCUAUUAUGAACGCAUUGAUGUAGAAGGGCAUCAUUAUGGUCCUUCAUCAACUCAGAGGAAAAAUGCCCUUAGAGCUGUGGAUACCGUCCUACAACAUAUGCUCAAGUGGAUCCAGGAGAGGGGGCUGGAAGAUACCCUAAAUGUCAUUCUCUUCUCUGAUCAUGGAAUGACUGAUAUUUUCUGGAUGGACAAAGUGAUUGAGCUGAAGGAACAUAUUAAUCUGAGUGAUCUGCUGCAAAUGAAGGACCGGGGUCCUGUUGUGAGCCUUUGGCCAGUUCCUGGGAAACAUAUAGAGGUAGCUAACAAACUGAAGCUGGUGGAACACAUGAAGGUUUAUGAAAAAGCAACAAUUCCCAACAGGUUUCAUUACAAGGAAGGCAAAUUUGUGUCUCCUCUGACAUUAGUUGCUGAUGAAGGAUGGUUCAUCACUGAGAAAAAAGAAGCUCUCCCCUUCUGGAUGAACAGCACAGGGAAGCGGGCAGGCUGGCAACGGGGAUGGCAUGGCUAUGACAAUGAGCUCAUGGACAUGAGGGGGAUCUUCCUCGCCUACGGGCCCGAUUUCAAGUCCAACUUCAGAGCGGCUCCAAUCAGAGCAGUGGAUGUUUACAAUGUUAUGUGCAAAUUGGUCGGGAUAGCACCACUGCCCAACAAUGGCUCCUGGUCCCGAGUGGUAUGCAUGCUAAACAGCCAGCCCAGUGUGAUGCAUUCGGUGCAAUUGAGCAGCUGUGCCCUAGCAUUUAUUCUCUUGUUACUAUUUGUAUAACAGAUCUGAUUCCUGGAGUCCCAAAAUAAUAUCAGUCAAUAUGUCUCCAAAAUGGAAAGUUUCAUUUCCUUCCUUUUGUAUUUGAAUAACAGCUUCAUUAACAGAAUCAAGGCUAGAUAAAUUAUAAAUGGACCAUUUAUGAGAUGGUUAUAUACAUACUCUCCUACACACAAUUCUUUUUCUAUUAUUUUAAGUGACUUUUUUUUUUGCCUCAAGAAAGAGAUCAUCUCAGCUGUCUCUAAUUCAUCCAACUCUAAAUCACUUGUUCUUCUUCAUACAAACUCAGGAUAAACCAGCUGGGCAAAGGUCCUGGCAUUUUGUCAACUAGACUGGGCACCCGUACUGCUUCUGUUCCUAGACCCAUCUCUGUCACUUUUCCUUGCAAAGAAGUCUGUCCCAGGAUGGUCAUGAUCACGUACAAGACAUUAGCUGGUAUUCACUUCUAUAAUCUACAUUGAUUUCUUCCACUCAGUAUCAGAAGAGGCUUACGUCAAUAUCAAUUAUUUUGUCAUGCUCCUAAUCCAACUAAAAGGGAAAUUGUGUGUCCUUUUGCAUAGGUCCCUUUGCCUGUGAUUUAGGUGAAAAGUUUGUAAAACCCCAGUAUAAAACAAAGGGACUGGUUUAUCCAAAUUCUAAAUUCAUCAAUUUCUCUAGUCCUGGACUGUAGGAAGCCAUAUUAGAAAUAAGCUACUGUGAAGAAUCAGAAUAGCAGUGAUCAGUCAGUCUCCAGAAUCAGCGCUGGAUAGAGACUUACUGAUAUUUGAAUGUUUAUUCAAUGGCAAUGUCCUGAUGGUGUUUCUUUAAAAAAAGACUUCUUCUUCCUUAGAGUUUGCUCUGGUAAAGAAGAGAGAGUAUUCCGAGAUAGACAAUGAUAUUUUAAUCAUGAAUUAAAAAACUCACAUGAAGGGAAUUCUUUUUUAAGCUUCCACUAGAGAUCAAUAAAUAUACCAAUAAGCAUUUAUUAAGUGCCUACUGUAUAUCAGAGAGAGGCAUAAUGGAGUAGGUGAUAGAGAGAUGACUUGUAGCCAGGAAGACUCAUCUAUGACACAUACUGACUAUGUGACCCUGACCAGGUCACUCUAUUUCUCAGUGCCUGAGGGAACUCUAAGAUUGUUGCUGAGAAAGCAUUAACCUUUACUGAUAGAAUUUCUUCAUCACAGUAGUGAAAUCCCAGAUCCAGUCCCUAGCCCAACUGUGUGUCGGCACCUUAGAUACGGUGGGAGACAAAAUAUACACUGUAGAAGAUCAGCAAUUGGAAGACAAAUGUGAACAAGUUCCAAAGUUGUUGAAUUUUGUUUUUUAUUUUCCAUGUUGAUGUAAAUCAUAUAACAACCCAGAAUACCAAAGGAAUGGGGGAGGCAGACCAAAUUUAUGCCAGUUAUUCAACAAAUCAUUCCAUAAGCAAGCAUCCUGAACCAACCUCAGGCCCAACUUCUUUUGAAAAUCACCAAGACUUGAUGGAACAGGGAUUCUUCUGUUACUAUUUGUAUAACUGAUCUGAUUCCUUGAAUCUCCAAACUCUAAUUCUUAUGGAACAGAUAACCAUGAAUCUGAGUGGAGAUAUUUUAAGUUUGUACUUUAACAAUUUACUCCUAAAGAUCUUUAGGGUUUUGGGUUUUUUGGGGGGGAGAAGGGGGAGGCGGUUAAAAACCUAGUUGGACAUUUUCAAAUGCCAGGAGUGAUAUUUCUUAUUGCAUUACAUAUGAAAGCCACAUGACUACCAUAUAUUGAGUCCAUCCAAGAAGAUAACUUUUCAUCUGACUCUGGCUAGCCAUAAGAUGUCUCAGGAGAAAAAGACCCUUCAUGAUGUUUAACCUUAUGGGACAGUUGGGGUUGUCUUUGUGUCAUGAAUUGUAAUGGUAAAGAUUCAUAGCUUUAAACAAAUUCAAAUUAAUCUUGACAAAAUUUCUGUAAUCUCAGCAAAGAGCUUUGUAAUGUAUUUUUAAAGCUCCAAGAACCAUCAGGUCAAUUGGAAAGAAAUCAAAUCAAUCUUUGUUGUCUGGAUUUAUUUAUUUUUUGUGGUCUAGACUUAUUGUUAUAAAUGGUAUAGAGAACUCUUAAUGUGGAAACUCCUUCCACCAGAUAUGAUUGUUCUUUCUCUUCCUUAGAUAGUCUUAGAGAGCUACCUACCUGGGAGUAUUGAUUUUGGGGCUCAGUGAAUUGCCCAGCAUUGCACAAAUAAUAUGUGUGGGACAGGGUGGAGGUGAAUUUGAACUCUGGUCUUCUUUGUAGAGAGUCUAAGUUGUUCUUCCUUUUACGAUGCUGUCUCUUGUGUUCUCUGGGUAUUGAGAAUAAAAGCAGUUUAGUGUUUGAAGAGCAGCUAUUUUUUAAAUUUCUUUUUUCUUCCUUAAUGGACAAAAUUUUAAUGAAUUCCGCUAAGCACACAUUUUCAAAUUAAAGAACUAUCCAUAAGGAGACAAAAUAAAUAUCAGGAUCCAACAUCGUGAAGCUGUAUGAAACUAUAUACAGUUUUAUCUCUAGCUCUUUUCUGUUUCACCAAGUUCUUCCUUCCCCAUCCAUAGAAUAUUAUACUUAGAAGUCAAAGUUUCUGAUAAUGACAAAUAGGAAGGGGAGGGAAAUUUGAAAGACAUCAUGAGAAUGAAGGCAAACUACAUGAAAUGUUUUUCUGAAAAAUUAACACACAGGGAUAUGUGCUUGUCCCUGUACUAUUUAACAUUUUAUAUCAGUGAUUUGGGGACUUGUUUUUUAGAGUUGCAGAUGACAGAAAAUUGGGAGGGAAGGUUAACCCCACUGAGAGACAGAGCCAGCUU